GAAGUUCUUGAAAAAAGAGAAUCUAAAAGGAAGUCUAGAAGGGUGAGAAACGGUGACGUGUGGAGCAGGUGUUAACUGCUAAAACGAGCGACCUAAGUAUAUCCAAAAGCAGAGCGAAAGAAGAAACAAGUUAAAAACCUCUCCAAAAUCCAAAUCCAUAUACUUUUACCAAACAACAAUGGUUAGAUAAUACAUCACAGCCCCUCAGCCAACCAACUCUAUCACAGCCGUCGCCACCGCCAAGCUCUUCUUAAUAUAUAUAUUUUUUAAUUUUACUAUUCUACAGAACAAUACAAAUUUUGCAGAAAUUGCCAACAGAAAAGUGAAGACUGAAAGAACAACAACUCCAUGCUAUUUUUUCUCUCAAGUUUUACCUAAAACCAAAAACAAAUAAUACUAAUACUAAUACUAAUACUAAUAUUCCAUAAUGUCUUGGCUGUUGAAGUCUCUCCAAUCCGACGUUUCUGAUUCGCCCACGUCUUCACCCGAUCACAGUCCCACCAACCGAAGCGGCGGCGUCAAGGAAGAUCUUUCCGUUCUUGGGGAGACUAUCGGCCGCCAACUACGCGGCGUCGCUGCCUUCUUAGCACCACCUCCCUCUUCCCCGCCUUCCGGUAUAGCCACCCAGCAACAAGAAGAAGAAGAAGAAGCAGAAGAAGAGGAAGAGCAGCCGUCGCUAGUGGGGAUCCGCAACGAUUUGGCGGAGAUCGGAGGAAGCUUCAAGAGCGGGCUUUCGUUGUUGUCAAGUAACAAAGCGGUGACGGAGAUCUCCAGAUUCGCUUCGAGUUUCUUGCAGUUCCCAAAUAAUGAUGAUCAUGCUGAUCAUGAUGAAGAUGAAGAUGAUGAUGACGAUGAUGGAGUUCCUGGAAUUACGGAAGAGGUGGUUGAGUUUGUUACAGAAAUUUCCAACCGCCCAGAGUUCUGGAUUGAUUUUCCUCUCUCACUAAAUAACGAUUUCAAAAUGUCUGAGACUCAGAAAGAGCAUGCUGAAAAUAUUGAACAUCUAGUCCCAAGUUUUGAAGCUCUUAAAGUUAACCUUCAGCAUAACAUUGGAGAUGAAAGAUUUUGGAUGAUAUAUUUCAUAUUGUUGCUUCCAAGACUGAAUGACCAUGAUUUUGAGCUUCUCGCAACCCCUGAGGUUGUUGAAACUAGAGAUUCACUUCUGCAGAAGCUGCAAAACAAUAAGAGUGCACAGAUUGAAAGUAGUAGUCCUGAUGCAUCUCAAGAAAGUGGCAAGGUUAGUGAGACAAAACGAGAGAAUGUCUCCCCUGAGGAAAAGCUCAGUGAAAUUGUAAAUGCAGUAGAAGGAUCAGAGAUUGCCGUUGAAGAGAAGGCUGAGCAAUGGUUGGAAGAAGCAGAUAUUUCCAGUGGAAGUUCUUUGAGUGUCAAGAAAAACCGGGUACCUGAAGAGGAUGUUUCGUUCAGUGAUCUGGAAGAUGAUGAUAAUUAUAUUUCCAAUAGAGUAUCAGUGCCUAAAUCGACAGAGCAUGUCAAAACUUCUUCACCUAGUGGUUCCAAUGACUGGGUUCAGCUGAACAAGGGACCAGAAACUCGUGGUGGAUUGCAGAAAGCAGGCAAAUCAAAUUCUCGAGAUAAAGAUUCUGAAGGUGAGUCGUCAAAUGAUUGGCUCACUGAUGAUGAUUUCGUCAAUGUGGCAGGUGGCAACUGAUCUUCUGAUUGCUGUAAGUUUCACAAAUCCUUUCUUCACCCUAGAAAUUCUGUACUUAUGGAAAUCAACCUAUCACAUAAUUGUGUUUAAAUUAAUAAUUCAGUCAAAUUGCCUUACUGUUAAUAUUUGUACAUAAUUGAUAUUGGUUUGUAAAUCGAAGCUGCCGACUUUAAUGCGUUGGUUCUUUCA